AUGCAAACCUUAACGUCCAUUCUUCGAUUAAUCCAAAAGGACAUGUAUCUGGCAAAACUUGAUAUCAAGGAUGCAUACUAUAGCAUACCAAUACACAAAGAAAGCCAGAAGCUCCUAAAAUUCGAACAUGAGGAUUCACUGGGAUUCACGGUCCACCCAGACAAAUCCGAGUUCGAACCAAAACAAGUUUUGGAAUUCCUUGGAUUCGUCAUCGAUACAGUGAAUAUGACCGUCGCUCUCACCCCCAAAAAGAAGGCAGCCAUAAUCGAUCUGUGUCAAGCAGUGACACAGAGAGAGAAGAUAACAAUAAUAACUCUAGCGCGAUUAAUUGCGCCAGAAACUUUGAUUCGAGGCAACCCUCAGAUCAUUAUAUCCACGGAUGCCUCAACAAGAGGUUGGGGAGCGUCAAUGACACAAACCCACACAGGGGGUGAGUUUUCAUCUCUGGAGCAGGAACACCACAUAAAUGUCCUAGAACUAAUGGCAGCAUUCUUUGGACUACAGGCUCUUUGCAACCAUACUGCAAACACUAACAUAUUGCUAAAGAUGGAUAACACUUCAGCAGUAGCCUGUGUAAACAAAAUGGGUAGCGUAAAAUCUAUCCCAAUGGAUAAGAUUACACAUAGCAUUUGGGAAUGGGCAAUAAGCAAAAAUAAUUGGAUAGUCGCUACACAUCUCCCUGGCAUUCUUAACGUAGAAGCAGACAGAGAGUCGCGACAACAGGAGACAAGAACAGAAUGGAUGUUAAACAAAUCAACAUUCCGCUAUGCGCUGAACGAACUGGACUUCCGUCCAGAAACAGACCUCUUCGCGAGUAGAAUAAACACGCAGUUACCUGCCUUCUUCUCAUAUCGACCUGAUCCCAACUGCAUCGGAGUAAACUCGUUUACUGAGGAUUGGCACAAUAUCUCGUUUUAUGCCUUUCCACCCUUCGCCUGCCUUCCCCAGAAUGGACCUAUUACUGCUUCCACAGCAACCAAGUGUCUUUCAUCCACUGCACCCAAAUCUAAGUCUUCGGAUAGCAAUUGUCUCAGGGAGGCAAUAAACCUAAAACAGUCAUGUUCUGACGAUCUUAAACAACUGCUCACUGCAUCGUGGUCAGAAAAAACCCAAUCCAGCUAUAAUCUCUAUUUAAGGAAAUGGCUGAAGUUUUGUAAAAGUGAAAAAAUCCCAGAACCUUAUGGGGCUAGUCAUAAACAAGGUAUGGACUUCUUUGCUUUCCUUUUCCACGUAGAAAAGGCAAGUUAUGGUUACAUCGCAGCGGCAAGGUCAGCCCUGUCAGCUGUAUUACCAAAGGAUGCAGGAACAAGCUUUGGUAAGAACGAGGACGUUAGCAGACUAAUCAAGGGAGUUUUCAAGCUACGUCCUUCCCUACCAAAACACACUGUGAUAUAUGACCCUGAUGUAAUAUUAAACUAUAUGACAACCUUGCCUGGUAACCAGCACCUGGAGUUAGAGUUACUAAAGAAAAAACUAGCCACCUUGUUGUGCCUCCUGAGUGGCCAGAGAGCCCAGACAAUAGGUGCCCUAAAGGUUAACUUUUGUCAUCGAUCUUCAGAUAUGUACACUUUCUACAUCUCUACAAUCAUGAAGACAACAAAACCAGGCAAACAUCAGGAACCUCUGCAAUUCGAGAAGUACCACCUCGAUAACCGGAUAUGUAUAGUCCACUGCCUAGAUGAAUACCUGAGGAGGACAGACCUUAUACGAGAGAACCUCGAAAACCAACCAAGGGAACUACUUCUCUCCUAUGCAUAUCCCCAUAAACCUAUCGGAAUCACCACCAUUGCAAAGUACGUUAAAACUUUCUUAGGCUUGGCUGGCAUCGAUAUUAAGACGUUCAGCACCCAUUCUACAAGGAGUGCGUCUACCAGCCAGGCAGAGGACAUAGGCGUACCUAUGAAGACAAUCGCAAAGGCGGCAGGCUGGAGAGGCACUAGCACGUUUGCAAAACAUUACAAAUUGCCCAUAAGCAAGAACUUUGGGAACGAACUUCUUAAAUGUUUAUGA